AUGGUCAGUAUCGAAACCACCAUCAUCAGAGACAAAGCUAAUAACCAUGUUAGUCUUGGUGCAGGUCUCGCAAUCAACCUUGCUGUCAGGGUAAUGGGCAAGGCAAGCAUCAAGCACAACAUUAAAGAUCCGGGUCGCGAGCUUGAGAGUGUGUCCCUCAUUGACGGAUUUAGAGGUGAGCAGGAAGGACUGAGAGGUGGGAGUUUGAAAGGGUGGAUCAUUAGAGUGUCGAUCCCCAUGAGUCCAGCAGCUAUGUUCUCCUCCUACAUAUCCACUGCUCCUUCACUAUCCUUUCCCAUCUCUCUCUCUCUUUCCCUCACUAGUAGCAAUGCCUUUCCUUCUUCGUCGGUGGUGGCUCGGUCCGUCCUUGCCAUCAGAUCUUUCGGGCGGCGUAACGGAAGCGGUGGUGAUGGCAGUAGUGGCGGCGGCAACAACAGUUAUAGCGUAGGCAGUGGCAACAGUGACUUCACUAGCAACGGCAGCGACAGCUGGCGAUGGCAGGUGUUCGAUCUAAUUCCCCCGCCCCAUCCAUGGCGCACACCGCGCGCACCACCCCUGCCCCUGCGCGGCCUUCCGCCGAACUCCUUCUCCUCCUCAUCCUCCGACUCCGACUUCGAGUUCACCGUCUCUCUCUCCCCCACCACCACCUACUCCACUCUUUGCCCCGCCGACGAGCUCUUCUACAAAGGCCAACUCCUCCCUCUCCACCUCUCCCCCCGCAUCUCCAUGGUCCGCACUCUUCUCCUCUCCUCGACGUCAUCAUCAUCCUCCACCGACUCCACCACUACCACCGCCACCGCCUCACGCGACUCCACCUCCUCCUCUUCCUCAGAUCUCCUCCUCCCUGACUCUGCCCGUCCCAGCUCCGCCACGGCCGAUGAAGAUCCCCAUCCUCUCCCUCCUCCUCCUCCCAAACGCCUCCUAACCGUCUCUCACUACUUCUCCUCCCUCGCCUCCCGCUUCCUUCAUCGCUCCUCCUCCAAGAGAUCCACCCCCAAAGAGGUCUUCAAAAAGUAUGUGAAAAAAGUCAAGCCUCUCUUCUCCAAGAAAUCCGAUGAUCUCGCCGCCAGGAAGACCUUCUCCUUCUCCUUCUCUCAUUCCCAGUCUUUUUCCGGCAAUCUCCGAUGCCCUAGAAGGAGGACUUGCGCCGGGAGUUGUCCUUCGUCGAUGAGAUCAUCGCCGAGUCAUUCUGGGUUGUUGUACGCUGGUGGGACGUUCCCGGCGCCGACGAACUCCUCGUCUUCGUCGUCGAUGGAGGAGCUCCAAAGCGCGAUCCAAGGCGCCAUUGCUCACUGUAAGAGUUCUUUGGUGAUUGGGAAUCAGAAGAAGGGUUUCUGCUCGUUGAUGUUGAAGGAAUGCACCCAGACCGGGAAUUGAAUCGUCUGACCAAUGUGCCCUCAUUUGAGCUUUCACUUGAUAACACUGAAUGUACCUUCAUCUGAGCUUUCACUUGAUAAUACUAGAUUCGAGCUUCAAAUCCACACUCAUAUCCGAAACUCAUCUGAGCUUUCACUCGAUAAUACUAGAUUCGAGUUUCAAACCCAUAUUCAUAUCCGAAACUCUUAGAAUUCUUAAAUCUUCACCUCUGAGA